AUGAACAUCCUUAGGAACGCUACUUCAUACGUCUAUAAUAUCAUACCGUCCCUCCAAGAAGACGAAGAAGAAGAAAACGAAGCCGGACCAAGUAACAUGUCUGAUCAAAAGACCGACAUACCGUCUGACCCACCACCAUCAUAUGAAGCCUCUCACCCCGCAUCCAAGCCUCUCCCCAAGCCACUUCCACCCUCUCUCCCUGUCCUCGUAACUCUCCGGAAGAAACGAGUAAUACUGGCCUCGGCGUCUCCCCGCCGCAAACAAAUUAUCGCCUAUCUUGGCCUGCCCAACAUCGAAAUCAUACCGUCUAACACUGCAGAAGACUGCCCCAAGACUCUCACGCCAUUUGAAUAUGUGUUAGAAACAGCUACACAGAAGGGUCUGGCGGUGUAUAAACAGGAGAUUGAUAAUGAAGAAAAGGGCGAGCCAGCGUUGAUUCUUGCGGCUGAUACUAUUGUCGUGAAUCCUAAAACGGGAGAUAUAUUGGAGAAACCACGCUCAGAGGCACAGCAUAUUACGCCUCUGGAAAGUGCGCAGGCUCCUGGAUAUGCACUUGAGUCGGUGGUGGAGGAGACGAGCGUUCGAUUUGAUCCUCAGAUUACUGACGAAUUGCUGCUUGCGUAUGUGAGGACAAGAGAAGGUGCCGAUAAGGCCGGAGGGUACGGGAUGCAGGGGCUAGGAUCGGUGCUUGUGGAAAAGAUUAAUGGGAGCUACGAUAAUGUUAUCGGGUUACCGUUGCGUGCUACACUUCGGCUUAUUGAAAAGGUAAUGGCCAUUGCAGAGGAGGAUGCAGAAGCAGACCACGGUGCAUUAGCAGAUGACGAUUGA